CCGACUGACCCAAAGUUCUGACGCAGUUCACAGCUCACCGCUUCAGCCAGCAGACAGCACGUAGCGUCAGCGCUCUCGGCCGCGCCCCCGCCACUCGCCUUUAGCCAAACCCCGCAGACCGCCCCGCGCCCAGCACAAUGGACGUCGGGCAGUGCGUGCGGGCAACUGGUCUGCUGAGUCGCCCGAGGAAAAACGCGCCGACACCACUCACUACUCGUUGACUUACCCAUCGCUCUCACUCCUGCCGCUAUCGUUGCAGUCUUCGGUGUCAACAAUCGCUCCCCUUGUCUCUCUUUCAUUCUUCCACUCUCACCGCCCCGCCUACAGGCUACUACCACGAUGGGCUACCCCGAAAAACGCACCGGCUCGCCCGGCUCAGGCUCGGCAGAGGAGGGUUAUGCCGUCCACUCCGCGGUCGAUGACACGCGGCAUGACGCCGUAUUCGGCGACAUGGAGGAGGGCGGCCCCAACUUCCGUAACGUCGGGUGGAUUGGCGCAACGGUGCUCAUGAUCAAGAGCGCGUUCGGCCUCGGCGUGCUCUCGAUCCCCUUCGUUUUCCAGGCAGUCGGCAUCGUGCCGGGCGUUAUCCUGAUUGUUGUCGUCGAGCUCAUCGUGACAUGGAGCGCGUUCGUCCUCGGCUCGUUCAAGCUCAACCACCGCGAGUGCUACUCGAUGGCCGACGUGGGGCGCAUCCUCGCCGGCCGCUGGGGCGAGGAGUUCUUCACCCUCGCCGUCUGCAUUUGCAUGCUCUUCUUCUCCGCCUCGGGCAUGGUCGGCGUUACGACCGCGUUCAACGCCGUCACGACACACGCGACUUGCACUGCAGUGUGGAUGGUGGUCGUCUUCGUCGUCUCCUUCGGUUUUGCCAGCAUCCGCACCCUCGGAAAUAUCACCUGGCUCGCCUGGCCCGCCUUCUUCUCCAUCCUCAGCGCCGUCCUCGUCAUGACGAUCGCUGUCGGCGUGCAGGACCGCCCGAACGAUGCGCCCGCGACGCCGGCGCCGUGGGACAAGGACUUCAAGAUCUUCAACAAGACCGACUUCGUCGGGGGCAUCAGUGCCGUCGCGACCAUCCUCUUCGCGGCCGCCGGCACGCCCACCUACUUCGGCAUCAUCUCCGAGAUGCGCGAGCCGCGUCUCUACCACCGCGCGAUGCUCAUCAACCAGACCUUUGUGACCCUCGUCUACAUCGUCAUUGGCUCUGUCGUCUACUGGUACUGUGGACAGUACGUGUCGCAGCCCUCGCUCGGCUCUGCGGGCCGCGUCAUGAAGAAGAUCUGUUACGGGCUGUCAAUUCCCGGUCUCUUCUUCUCGGUAAUCCUCUGGGUGCACAUCCCGGCCAAGUUCAUCUUCGUCCGCCUCCUGCGCGGCAGCGAGCACCUGACAAGAAACUCUGUCACGCACUGGGCGACGUGGCUCAUCGCAUCGUUUGCAUGCACGACGGUGGCGUACAUCAUCGGCAGUGCCAUCCCGAUCCUGAACAGCAUCAUCAGCCUCGUCGGCGCGCUCAUCGCCCCCACGCUCUGCAUCACCCCCUUCGGCGCGAUGUGGCUGCACGACAACGUCCGCGGCCGCAGCUGGCGCUCCCUCUCGACAUGGAAGCAGGCGCAGACCGCAUGGGCCAUCCUCGUCAUCCUCAUCGGCGUGUUCAUCACUGUUGCGGGCACGUACGGCGCAGUCGUCACCAUCGUCAAACAGCCGGGCGAGGGGUCGCCGUGGUCGUGCGCUGACAACUCCAAUUCGGUCUAGACGACUGACAUUCCGGCGUUGUGGCAUUGGGCCCAAUAAUCCUGUACAUUAGCUCGCAUAGCAUAUUGAUACUCUGCAUCUUGUGUAUGGCGG